AUGCAAACAGAAGAUGGGGCAAGUUCUGGACGUGAUCAAAGUACUAAUAAACAUAAUUUAGAUAGUGGCCUUACAUAUGAUCAAUAUACUUAUGAAACACAUAACUUUUCUUUGACGCCAAAUAAAGAACUAUCUCAAAAUCCGGAAAGUACAAAUUUUCUUAAUCAGGAUUAUUCAAUAUUGGACGUAGGCACAAAUACGUCUCAGUACUGGAAUGGUGUUGUUAGUGCUACAGAUGUUUCCCAUACCAACAGAGUUGAAAAAAAAUUGUCUUCGAUUAAUAAUAAUCAUAUUCCUGCACAAACCAACGUGUAUUCUGAUUCAUGUUUGCUUACACAAAUCGAAAGUAUUCCAGUUGUUCAAGAAAAUGAAUCUCUGACUGAACUACUAAAAGCCCGUUGUACUGAUUACUACACAGAAUUUAAUAAUCAAAAUAUUAACGACCCGGAUUUUGAAAAUGAAUGGUAUAAAAAGAUUUGCAGUUAUAUUAAUUGGGAGCCAAGUGAAUAUGAUAAUAAAAAAAGUUUUUUUCAAGAGUUUAAUUUUGAAAAUGAUAACAAUAAUUCAGUUGAUUCUAGUUUUAAACAGUGUAGUCAUGAUAAAUAUGCA